CAAAAAUAAACACAGAAGAGGUGCCCAGAGGUGCCUGACAGAAAAGGACAACAUUUUUUGAGCACUUUUGAUAAUUUCACCAUUAAGUGGAAUAAUAAUUUAAGUAAAAUUAAUUUGAGGCCUUCAUAAACUGUGUUCUAUAUUUCUAUAAUUUAUUUUUCCACUUCCAUUCUUGGAUUUUUGAGUAAGGAAUAAUUUUUCUCACGGAGAGAAAUAAAAAAACAAAAUGGGUCGUUCCUCGAAGGACAAGAGGGACGUUUACUACCGGCUCGCUAAGGAGGAGGGCUGGCGAGCUCGGAGCGCCUUUAAACUUUUGCAGAUCGACCAGGAGUUCCGUCUGCUGGACAACGUGACCCGCGCCGUUGACCUGUGCGCCGCACCAGGCAGCUGGAGCCAAGUGCUCUCCAAGAAAAUGAUAAAGGAAAAUCCGAAUAAAACGGGAGACGAGAAAAUUGUGGCCGUCGACCUGCAAGCGAUGGCUCCGGUGCCAGGAGUCAUCCAGAUCCAAGGGGACAUCACCAAAAUGUCCACGGUCGAGCAGAUUUUCAGCCACUUCCAAGGGCUCAAGGCCGACCUGGUUGUCUGUGAUGGAGCACCAGACGUGACCGGUCUGCAUGACAUAGAUGAGUUCAUCCAGUCCCAGCUGCUAUUGGCCGCCCUGAACAUAACGGUGCAGAUUUUGGCUCCAGAGGGAAAAUUUGUGGCCAAAAUCUUUCGUGGCAAAGACAUCAGUUUCCUUUACUCGCAACUGCAGAGUGUCUUUUACAGUGUGAUGGUUGCUAAACCCCGCAGUUCCCGAGUCUCAAGCAUAGAGGCGUUUGUGGUUUGCGAAAAGCUGCGGCCACUAAAGCUGGAGCCUGGGGAGGGAGAAAUGAUGCAGCUGCCGAAAUUCAUUGCUUGCGGAGACCUGAGCGCUUUUGACAGUGACACAUGCUACCCUCUAGAUCUGGAAGGUCGAGAGUACAAGUACCACGAGCCAGUGCAGUGCCCAAUAAAGCCUCCCUACGCACAGUUUUUGGAAAAACACAAAAAGCAGGCCAAGGAGAAAGAAUCUGUGGAGAAUGCAGGCGCAAGCUCGAGUAUUUGAAUUUCUUGUUAUUUCCCGUUGCUUCUAAAUAAAAAAAUUCAAAUUUCCAUGCUGUUCUGAUUACUAUU